AUGCGAGAAAAACUUACUUUGCAGAUGGCCUACUAUUUGAGUGAUGAAUCAGAUGAGCAUAUCAAAAAGUACAUAGUAAAGAAUAUUUUUGUAAAAAAUAAACAGAAAUCUGAGACGCGCGCGCCGCUGCCGCCUCCGCAGGUGCUGGCGGCGCUGACGUCCGCCUUCGUCCACCUCGGGAUCGGCAGCGUCCUGGGCUUCUCCGGCGUGACCUUGCCCGAGCUGACUGACCCGGUCUCUCCUGACCUGUUCCUGAACACCUCCCAGGCUGCCCUCUUCAGCAGCGUGAUCAACCUGGGCGCGGCGGUGGGCUCGACGGCCGCGGGGGCGCCGCAGGUGUGGCUGGGCCAGAGGGUGAUGCUGCUCCUGACGCUGCCGGUGUCGCUGGCGGCCUGGCUGCUCAUGGCUGCUGCGCCCAAGGCCUGGAUGGUGAUAGCCGCUCGCGCCCUGCAGGGCCUCACCAUGGGCUUCCUGGCCGGCUCCUCCAACAACUACGUGGUGGAGCUGGCCCACACGAAGUUCCGAGGCCUCCUGAUGGCCUUGCUCGACGUGUCGCGCCAGCUCGGCUACCUGCUCGUGUACGCCACGGGCAGCACCUCCCUCAGCUGGCGGCAGGUGGCGCGCGUGUGCGGCGUGGUGACGCACCUGCUGCCCCUGCUAGGCCUCCUCUGCCUUCCGAACUCCCCUCGCUGGCUGGCCGCGCAGGGGCGGCUCGGCGAGGCGCGGGUCGCCCUCAAGUUCUUCCGCGGCCGCCACUACGACUGCGACCAAGAGAUGACGGACAUCGCCCAGACCCGGGAGGAAGGGCGUUGCAGCCCGAGGAGUCAGCUGCAGGUGAUGAAGAAUCCUGAAAUCCUCGGCAGGAUUGUGCUGCUCGCCUUCCUGCUCUUCAUCUCCAACUUCACCGGGAACUUCGUCGUCAGCGCCUACGUGGUUCCGAUCUUCGAGGCGGCGGAGGUGGUGGCCAGCCCCUACGCGGCCGCCGUCAUCGUCGGCUGCGUGCGAGUCGUCGGGACGCUGUUCUACCUGGCCGUGGUGGACCGCGCCGACCGCAAGGUCCUGCUGGUGUCUUCGACGCUCGUCUGCGCCGCGUCAAUGGCUCUUCUCGGCUCCUUCUUCUACGACCACGAGAACUCCGACGACGUGAGCCACCAGCGCUGGCUCCCCUUGGCCUCCGUCACCGCCUUCACGCUGGCGGCCAGCACGGCCUUCCCUGUCCUGAGCCUCUUCCGGAGCGAAAUUCUGCCCACCUCCGUCCGCGCCACGGCGGUCGCCUUCCUCUACUCCGUGUUCUUCAUCGGCGCCUUUUGCGCGUCCCAGUCCUACCCCGGCGCCACCUUGGUGCUCGGCCACCAUGGAACCUUCUGGGCGUACAGCGCCUUCGCCGUCCUCGUGGCGACGGUGGGCGGGCUCGCCCUCCCCGAGACGCGGGACCGAAGUCUCGAGCAGAUCAAUGGCUUUCAGAACCAGCGACUGCGAAAUCAGUCGAACGGCGAAGCCUCCUGCUGACGAGGCGCGGCGAGCAGGUUCUCCUGAAGCAAUCGUGGCGGGAAAGGACAGUGCGGGGCCAAGGGAUUUCACGGAUUCGUGGUUUCGUUCGUGAAAAAAGGUGAUUUCCCUCGAUAUUUUAUAAGAAAAAUGGUUAUGUAAAUUCAGAAUACUGUAUACAAAUCUUAAAUGCGAGAUUUUAUCAUUAGUAUUUCAUGUUUUUUUUUACAUAAAGAAUAGUUUUAGCUUGACCAACAGGACUUGACACAUUCACGACGCAGCGGUCGGCAAUGACGUCGGAUGAAUGCCGGGCAAAAGGAGCAUCACAGUCCGCAGUGACAACAGAACACAGACAUCUUGCCCUGAGUAAAAAUAAGCCUUUAGGUAAAAAAAGAACUUUAGAAAAGUACCUUUCUUCAUAAUAAGGAUAAAAUGUUUGAAAACAUAACAGAAAUGUUUAUGGGAUCGUUUAAGGAUCUGGUCCGAAUGUUCAAGCUGCUCCGCCUGCUUGUGAACAAGAACGAAACUGGAAGAAAAUGAUUCGAAAUGUACAUCAAAAUCACUUUUAAAUUUUUGUGCCAAAAUUCUUGUUUGCAAUGAAUAGUGCAAAUAUGGUUAUGAAGUGAGGUAUGUAGUAAUCGGAGAAAAUAAAGAAUAUGUUUUGUAUGUAUUCUUUUUUUUUUUUUUUACAGCAAUGAACAGUUUUUCAUUCUUCAGCAGAAAAUUGAAUAAA